AUGACUGAACCAAUACCAGGUCCCCGCUCCCUUCCCGUCGUCGGAAAUCUGCUCGACAUAUGGCAAGACCGAGACAUUCCUCUCCGAGGAUUGGAACGAGUUGCCGAGGCCUAUGGGCCAAUCUAUCAAGCAAUGCUCGGCGGCAAAAGGCGCAUUGUUUGCAGCUCAGCAGCUUUGCUGGAGGAACUCACUGACGAAAAGCGUUUCUCCAAAGUGCCACCACCCCAGGUCUCCUCUGUACCUGGCCCCAAGGGCCUCUUCACCGCCAAAAAUGAUGAUCCAGACUGGCAUCAGGGGCAUAGGAUUCUGAUGCCGGCAUUUGCUCCAUUCUCCAUCCAGUCGAUGUUUCCGGACAUGAAGGACAUUGCAAAUCAACUGAUUUUGUCGUGGGCUCGGAAAGGAGCCGAGAACAGAAUCCUGGCCACCGAGGAUUAUACCCGUCUCACCCUGGACACGAUCGCCCUUUGCACGAUGAGCUUCCGCUUCAAUUCAUUCUAUUCAGAUGGUCUACAUCCGUUCGUGCAGGCAUUGAUGACUGUAUUCUCGGAGAAUACCGCUCGAACGACGCGACCAGGCAUCGUUACAAAACUGCGAUACAAGGCGAAUAAGGAAUACGAGGAUGCGCGGAAGUUGAUGCGCAAGAUCGGUCAAGAUAUUGUCACUAACAGGAGAGCGAAUCCAAGUGACAAGCCUGAUGUGCUGAACACAAUGAUCUUUGGGAAAGACCCAAAAACAGGCCAGACCAUGCGUGAUGAGCUAAUCACGGAACAAAUGCUAACUUUUCUUAUUGCUGGGCACGAAACCACUUCUGGUCUACUGUCAUUCGCAACCGCUCACCUCCUUAAGCAUCCUCACACCUAUCUAAAGGCACAGAAGGAAGUAGAUGAAGUCAUUGGAAAGAGGUCUAUUGAAGUUGAGGACAUUCAGAAGCUGAAAUACCUCAAUGCCGUUCUCCGAGAAACCGCACGUCUUUCGCCAACAGUCCCCGUCCUGCAAAAGCAGGUCAACCCAGCCAUCGCCCAUGAGGUUGUCACGGUCGACAAUGGACGGUACAGAAUCGACCCUAACGAUCACAUCAUCCUUCUAAUGUCUAAAUGCCAAACUGAUGCGAAGGUUUGGGGAGAUAAUGCUGAUGAUUUCGAACCUGAGCGCAUGUUGGACGAGAACUUUGAUAAGGUGCUAUCUCAAUACCCAGGCGCCUGGAAGCCUUUCGGGAACGGUAAGAGGGCAUGCAUAGGCCGUCCAUUCGCCUGGCAAGAGGCUAUGCUUGUUCUGGCUAUGAUCUUGCAGAACUUUGAUGUCCAACUAGAUGAUCCAAAUUACACGAUGAAGAUCAAACAGACGCUCACAGUCAAACCCGAUGAUCUGUAUAUUCGUGUCACACCCAGAGGCCAGAUGGACGCGACAAACAUGGACACCUUGCUCCAUACGAGUGACGCGGCUUCCAAAGCCAAUGGCAAAAACGGUGUGCAAUCUCAUGCGACAGCAAAUGGAUCCAGCAAAGCCCCAUCUUCGAAAUCUAAGCAGUCGAAGCCUAUUUCGAUAUUAUUUGGUUCCAACACCGGAACAUGUCAAGCCUUUGCUCAACGCAUAGCUUCGGAUGUGGCAUCCCGAGGCUACACGCCAACCAUCGCCGACAUGGAUUCGGCCACCGGCAACCUUCCGAAAGACAACCCAGUGAUUGUGAUCACUUCAUCAUAUGAGGGACAACCUCCAGAUAAUGCUGCAAGGUUUAUUGAAUGGUUGCAAGAGUGCAAGGAGGGCUCCUUGGCCGGCGUUGAGUACACUGUAAUUGGUUGUGGCCACCGAGAUUGGACGCACACAUUCCAUCGCAUACCGAAAUUGACGGAUGAGCUCUUGACGAAAUGCGGAGCCAAGAGACUGGUGCCAGCUGGGUUCAUCGAUGCUGCAAAGGGUAACCUUUAUGGUGACUUCGAUGACUGGGUAGACAACUCGUUCUGGCCUCAAAUGUCCUUGGAGCAAUCUCAAGACGCCCCGGAACCCACAAGCAACGUCGAGGUUUCGACCAAUGCUCGCGCCUCAAGCCUGCGAUAUGAUGUCAAGCCGGCACUGGUCAUGUCGAACUAUGUGCUUACCAGCAACGGUGAACCUACCAAACGACACAUGGAGAUCCAACUUCCGUCCGACUCUACCUACGAAUGUGGUGAUUAUCUUGCAAUUCUUCCCUUGAACUCGGAGAAGAAUGUAAGACGCAUCAUGAACCACUUUGGUCUCCCGUGGGAUUCCGUCGUCACGAUCAAAUCUGAUCUUCCUUCAGUCAUUCCAACCAACGUAGGAUUGUCGGUCUUCGAUGUUCUGCGCAGUUAUGUUGAGCUAUCGGAGCCAGCUACGAAAAAGAACCUCAAAGUCCUCGCGCUGUACGCCGAAGACUCCAGAGACAAAACCUACCUCCAGGAAUUGACUGCUGAGAACGGUUCUUAUGAAGUAGAGAUAACCGGAAAGCGCACCAGUCUCUUCGACAUCCUCUCUCAUCAUCCGUCGGUACAACUUCCUUUCGGCGACUUUCUCACUAUGCUUCCGCCCCUGCAUGUCCGGCAGUAUUCGAUCUCGUCCUCUCCCUUGGAAAAGGCCUCGACCUGCACCAUCACUUACGGAGUGAUCGACACCGCAGCCAUGUCAGACCCUGAGCAAAGAUACGAGGGCGUGACAGGCAAUUACCUGCAAAGUCUGACAGAAGGAGACACCGUGCAGGUCAGUGUGCGACCAUCCGCGAAGAAAACAUUCCGCAUCCCCGUCGAUGCCGAGAAGACGCCUCUGCUGAUGUUCGCGGCUGGCACGGGUGUAGCGCCAUUCAGAGGUUUCCUCCAACACCGCUCGAUCCAAUUGAAGGCGAACCCGAACCGCAAACUCGCGCGAGCCAUCCUCUUCCUCGGCUGCCGCACCCAGGUCGGGGACAGACUGUAUGCGGAGCAAAUCGACCAGUGGGUGGAGGAAGGCGUCGUCGAAGUCCGCUACGCAUUCAGCAAGGAAAAAGAAGCGUCCCAAGGCUGUGCCUACGUCCCGGACCGCAUGCUCCUCGAAGCCCAAGACAUCGUUGCCCUCUGGCGCAGUGACGCCCGCGGCUACGUCUGCGGCACCAGGAAAUUCGCAGAGGGCAUUCGCGGCGCGGCGACCAGGAUCGCCAUUCAGGCCCGUGAGCGCCUGAUUGCAGAAAACGGCAGCGUCUCGGAGGAGGAGAGAGCGAAAAUGGAAUCUCGCUUCAAGGAGGCCCUGCAGGAGCGCGUUGCAAGUGAUGUUUUUGAUUAG